AUUGCCUUCCUAUCGUCUUCAUUGCUGCUCUCUUGGCUCUCGUAUCUGAUUUCAUCGUCGCACCCUCAUCCUGUUCUGCUUUCUUGAGUAAUAGGAAGUGCAAUAAUGGCGGAUUCAAUCAUUACUUCCGAAGCAACAACCAGUUCAUCCCCACUAGAUCCUCCAUCCCGUACUAUCUGUCGUGUAUGCCAAAAACAAUUUUCGCAAUAUACAUGCCCUAGAUGUAAUACCCGUUAUUGUUCGCUUCCAUGUUACAAGUCACACAGUCUCCGAUGCACAGAAUCGUUUAUGAGAGAUAAUGUGAUGGGGGAGAUGCAGCAACUGGAACCUGGUGAUGACACUAAGCAGAAAAUGCUGGACAUACUGAAACGAUUUCAUUCAGAGGAAGAGACUGAUAACUUGGACGAUGAUGGUUUGGCGGAGUCAGCUUUGUCCGAGGAGACCAUUCAAAAGAUCAUGUCCGGACUUGAAAUCAGCUUUGAUGAUUUAUCCAGCGAAGAAAAGAAACAUUUUCAAAGAGCCGUGGCUUCUGGAGAGCUAAGCAAAUUGAUUGAACCAUGGGAACCAUGGUGGUUAAAGCCCUCCGCUAGAACAAUAUCUCUCAGCCGGGAAGGAACCCAACGUGUUCAACCUAUAACAAAACAGGAACCCGACUCCUCACCCCAUGCCCACGAGGUUCCACCAGGUCCUGAAAACGCAUUGGCUCCAAUCAACAAGCUCAGCUCAACUGAACCAUCCCCGCUUUUAGCUGUUCAUCUUGUCGACAUAUUAUAUAGCUACUGUUUCACCCUUCGGCUAUACAAUGGAGAUUGGGAAUCAGAUCCAAUGGGGUCGGUCAUGGUGGUUUUGACCAUUUCAUUCGUUUUGGGUCAAGGUGGUCAACCAGAAACGGUGUCCGAAGCCCUGUCUAACUGUUUGGAACAAACUUGCUCUCCGGCUUUCAGGCACAUGGGUGGGUCACGGUUCGGGUUGGGGCUUCUUGAUGAUAUUGUGAGCUUAUUGUCUCUUGGAGGUGAUGGUUUGGUUUGUGGGCUUUGUGAUCUGCGUAGGAUGAUUAAAAGUGGUAUGAGAGAAGUGAAUCUCGAUAAGGGACGAAACAUGAAGCGAACGGAAGUAAAGCGGAAACUUACGUCUGGUGAGCGGAAGGUUUAUUUUUUGAUGUGUUGGGUGCAUGAACAGCCACCAGAGGCUUGGUCAUCGUUGGCGGCCUUGGUGGUGGCCGAGAAGAAAGCCGCCAUGGAUUACAUAGGUGGCAAUGGAAAUGGUGGUGGGAGAGGCCGGAAGAAGGCUGAAACGAAGGGGAAGGUUAUAAUCGAAGAGGUCCAGUAAGCCACCGUGGUGGUGGUUUUAUUUUUGCCCAAUUUUGCAGGUUGAAAGAAGAAAUAUUUGAUUUGGAGUUAAAACUAAAACUAUCAUGUAAGAAAGGGUGUGACGUUCUACCAUUCGAGGGGCUUGACAAUUUGUGUCUAACCUUUGCAAGGGGCAUGUUGGAAUCCCACAUGAAUUUGACUUAGGGG